AUGAGGAUCCUGAGCUGCUUCUUUCUGACGGUUCUCCUGGCUUUAGGGAGCCAGCUGCCUGGGGUGUCAGGCUGGAAGAAGAAGGGAGAGAAAUCAGGGGGCUGCCCACCAGACGAUGGGCCCUGCACCCUGUCAGUGCCGGACCAGUGCAUGAAUGACCGCCAGUGUCCCUCAAACUACAAAUGCUGCUCCAAAGCUUGUUUUCGCCAGUGUGUUCCCAGGGUCUCAGUCAAGAUGGGCAACUGUCCCCGGGACCAGCUGUACUGCCUCAGUCCCAUGAAGCACUUUUGUAACCAGGACUCCGACUGCUCACGCAGUAAGCGCUGCUGCCCCACUGCCUGUGGCCGAGACUGCAGGGAUCCUACCAGAGGUACGGCUCUCGAGGUUUAA